AUGUCUGCCGUUCUGGCCUUGUCGGCCGUCUCGCAGGCUGCCGUCAAUGCCACCGCACCUACGACUACUUCCUCCUUGAUCUUUGUCCCUCUUCCCCUGUCCACCGGCCAGACCAUUGGUCCGAUCAACAGCACCACGGCAGCAUCUUCUGGCUUGGGUCCAUACGUUAUUCUUUCGGCUUCUUCGGGCUCACCAGUUCCAUCGGGCAACUCUACCGCAUUUCGAACCUUUGCUACCGGCUUGCCUCCCACUCCCACAGCAGCAGGUCCGACAGCCGAUCCGACAGCCGGUCCGACAGCCUCAAACACCGCUGUUAAUGCUGGUGCGACCUUGUCCAAGACUCAGAACUCAUGGCUAGUCGUGGGACUUGUUGUUGCAAUGGCUACCUUGAACCAUUAG